AUGCACAUUGCCAUCAAUCAAGCUCAGAUCCAAGUUGAUGGAGCAUAUUUGAAGCUGCAAAAUGCAGAAGCAAUGGCCUCACACUUAGAAAUUCAACUUGGGAUCGACAAACAAUGGGAGAUCGGCAGCGAACCCUACAGUCAAUUCCGUCAAGAAGCUUCACUUUUGACUUAUCGCACAGCGCUCGAUGACUUAGAACGACUCGUUGUCAUGCAUCUAUUUGAGUUAUUGAAACUCUCACUUUCAGGCACAGGCUACAAACUACAUCAACAAAUCAGCAAAGCCUUGCAACGACGUUUGGAGGCAAUUCAAACUGCACUAAACCGCUACAAUAUGCAGGCUGCUGCUCUUUCUCAUUCUGACAUCCACACUUUGGAUUGGACCAAACCUGCUCAUCGCGAAGCUAUGGUGAAGUACUUCAAACUUAAAUGUGCUCAAGAAGAAAUUCAACACUUGAAUGUCGAAAUUUGUCGGGUGCGCACAGCCAUACGCGACAAGGAAUUCACUGUGAAUGCCGCUAUUGAUUCCCUUCUCAUAUCAAAUGAACCUGUCAGACUUGAGCUGCAACGUCAAUGGUGCAGACAUGCUGCUGUCAAUGCAGUGCAUCUAUGUAGAUUAGAUCGAAUCAUGUCACAGGAGAGCUUUUCAGGUAAAAGAGACCUUGGAACUCGACUCAAAGACAUGUCUAGCUGUGAAAUACCUGAAAUUAUCUGCACUGCCGAUCACCAGGAACAAUUUGAGCAGAGGAUGACAGCUCUGACUAUGUUAAGGUCUGACGAACAGAGCGGUGGGGACAUUCUUGAGCAUGAGAAACAAGGACAAGAUAUAUAUGACGAUCCUUAA